AUGGCGCCCAUUUGGCGAAAGUCCGGGCUCCUCUUCGGUGCCGCCGCCGCCGUCGGCGUCAACGUCGGUGCUCGCCUUCGACGAUUCAUCCUCAGGAACAGACCACGACCGUCCAGACCCCUGGCCAUUGCAAUGGGUGUUGCGACAGGCUACUACACUUUCCAACCAGCAUUGAGGGAGAUUCAAGGCGACAAAGGAAACAUUCAAGGCUCUGGAAGCCAACCUCCAUCAGCCCAGCAACAGCCCUCCGCAUCUACCACCUCUACGCCGGCACCUAGCUCCAAAGAAGAUGGCAGUGGGAUUUGA